AUGUCUAAGCGUCCCCAGACGGAGCAGGUGUCCAGGAGUCCCCAGACGGAGCAGGUGUCCAGGAGUCCCCAGACGGAGCAGGUGUCCAGACGUCCCCCAGACGGAGCAGGUGUCCAGGAGUCCCCAGACGGAGCAGGUGUCCAGACGUCCCCCAGACGGAGCAGGUGUCCAGACGUCCCCCAGACGGAGCAAGUGUCCAGGAGUCCCCAGACGGAGCAGGUGUCCAGACGUCCCCCAGACGGAGCAGGUGUCCAGACGGAGCAGGUGUCCAGACGGAGCAGGUGUCCAGACGUCCCCCAGACGGAGCAGGUGUCCAGACGGAGCAGGUGUCCAGACGUCCCCCAGACGGAGCAGGUGUCCAGGAGUCCGCUGGACGUCAAGAUAGAACCAGGAAACCCAAACGUUUCCACACUUCCCGACACCAGAAGUAGGGAAGGUGGCUUCCGGCGUCGGCUUCCGGCGUCGGCUUCCGGCGUCGGCUUCCAGCGUCGGCUUCCGGCGUCGGCUUCCAGCGUCGGCUUCCGGCGUCGGCUUCCAGCGUCGGCUUCCAGCGUCGGCUUCCGGCGUCGGCUUCUGCCGUCGGCGCCCCGUUACAGGGACCUCGACACAACCCCCCCAGCCAGAUCUCCCGCAGAGAACCGCUCUCAAAACCGGUUCUAUUCAACACAAUUUUAG